GACUUUGAUGGAUGCGUCCGAUGAACACGCUAUGAGGCUCUUUGAACUCAUCUAUAACGUGUCGACGCGUAUCCAACACGUUUGAACGUUUCAGAAGUUCUCAAAGGCUCCCUCGCCGUAUAGGAAUACUCCAUCUUGUAUCGGAAGGAUGCCCCCUCCUGUGGUUCUAGGCUAUUAUCGCUUUACCGAUAUUUUCUUUGAAUGGCACAAGGCUCUUCCUGAAAUCGAGGAUGUGAGUCCACUUAAAGCCAUGAUUGCGUACGACGCUUUGGUACAUCCUGAGCAUCCCUUGCGAAAGCAUCGCACGGAUGGCAUCGAGCUCUUUGUCGGUACAUUUGAUACUGGCGAAGCACGUCUUCUAUUCUCCUCUGCACAAGUGGAGUACAUCCGUUAUUGGCUACAUGCUGUGGGCCUUACGAAGAAGCUCAUCCCCAUCCCAUCAUCUGAGUAUAUGAUCAAACUGAGCGACUUGCGAAGCUGUUCGCCUGCUGUAUACAGUAAUGCUGCAGCCUUUAAGAAGGCUUUCAAGCAACUUGACAAAGCGAACAAACGUCUGAAAGGUUCCCAACCCCGGCUGACCGCUAGAAGGUUAGGUUUCGAGAGGAUACGUGCCUUUUGGGGCGAGAAGAGUGGAACUUGGCUAGCCAUCGACUUCGAAGCCUGGGAAAUGGAUCACAGCAUGAUCACAGAGUUUGGCUGGUCGCUGCUUCGUUGGGAGGAUGGAAAGGAAGUCAGGGAUAGAGGGCAUCUCAUCAUUCAAGAACGUAGGCAGUACUACAAUCACAAUUACAUCCAAGGUAACAGAGACCGUUACAAUUUCGGAGACAGUGAAAAUGUGGACAAGAGGACAUUCAGAGAACGCAUACAUAAGCUUAUGACGGACCAUCUGACCAAAGGUCCUCUAUACCUUGUUUUUCAUGAUCCAAGUCAGGACGUGAAGUAUCUACACUCGAAAGAUAUCGAUGCUCCGCUUUCGGGCCUUUCAUUCGUCUUGCCUGAGACCACUCCCAAAGAAGGCCUGUACGUGGUAGAUACAGCUGAGAUGUUUGCAGGGCUUGAAGGCGAAUCAGGUGGCAACACCCGCGGUCUGGAGCGAAUGGCUCGUCUGCUGGGUAGCUACGUCGAGAACGAACACAAUGCUGGAAAUGAUGCCCACUAUACCCUCGAGGCGUUGGAGUCUAUGGCUUCUGGAGACCCCAUUGAUGCUCAGCGAGAGAAGCGAUGGCCGGAAAGACUCUCCGCUACCCAACCUAAGGUUGUCUUCAAACCAACCGAUGAAGACUCUGACUUGACGGACGGAGAUGAUGUGAAUGCUAUCGAUGUACGGCCCACGGAUGACCCUUAUAUGCAGCUCGAUGACGACGACGAUGCAAACCUGUGGGGAAAGUUCUGACCAAUGUCCCCUUAUUUCUUUUUGCCCGCUUCUUCGCUUUCAUGCUGUCUUGCAUUUCUAAGACUGACAUACCAUUUGUAUUACGUACCAGCUCAUAUCUUCCGCCCUUGUAUGCAGCGCUUCAUUUUUCACAUAAAUACCGAUGUUUUUAUUAGCAAAAUAGUUUGUGUAAGUGUAUGGUAUAAAGUAUCAUUCGAUGACGUGAAUAGUGAAAGUUAUGAGGAGCAAGCGAAGCUUCUACUCAACCUUC